AUGGACGAAGACGUAUGUCGCGUUUGUCGAACUGAAAGUAGUGUAGAUCAUCCAUUAUUUUAUCCUUGUAAAUGUUCUGGCAGUAUUAGAUAUGUACAUCAAGACUGUUUGACGAAAUGGUUAAAACACAAUGUUCCCGAAUUCAUUCCAGUUUUAUUGUUCUUUCGACGUGGUGUUCACCAUUUAAUAGGACUUGUUAAAAUAGGACUUCGUGCAAUGCUUGUAGGGUCUGUUUGGUUGAUUUGUUUACCAUACUUUACUGUAUGGGUAUGGAGAUUUUAUUUUUGGAGUGGAGAGUACAUAGCAUAUAGAAUUAAUGGACAAUAUCCACCAUUUAGAGCAGAAAAUGGAAUAAAUAAUUCUACAAGAGAAGAAAAUCCAUUUUCAAUAUUAUAUUUAAAAAUAGCCAAAGGACUAUUAUGGUAUUUACCUCCUGAAGUGGAAAAUAUUAUAAAAGAAUUUGGUGAAUUUACAAGUGAACAUCCAGGUUAUAUAAAAUAUAAAAGGUGUCAUAGUGAUGAUUUUGGAUCUUAUAAUUGUCUUUUAAAGGACCACAGUUUAGAUAUUAAUUCAAUUAAUUUGGAUGAUGAAUUGAAAAUCAAAGAAGCAAUAGGGUUAAGUGCUUCUAGACAAUGGUAUUUAUAUGACCAAAUACGAGAUCUAGUGCAAAAUCCCAAUAAAAGAAAUAAUAUUUGUCCAAAACCUUCUGUACCUAGACAUUAA